CGGGAAAUAAUCUGAGAAAAAUAUCAUGAAUGAGGUUGAUAGUUUUUAAUGAUCAUUGAUCGAAAAUGUUUUUAUUAUGACUUUCUCUUGGCUUAAAUCUUCAAAAACGUAACGGUUGUGCAGCCAUUGACCUAGAUAUUCAUUCUAUACUACCCGAUUUCGUCUUUGAAUCGAGAUUCGGCCGUUUGGGAAGGUUUUUCAUGAUCAAGAGUGCCAACUGUAUUUGAAUUGAUAUUUUGAAUUGUAAACAUUCGGUAACUAAGAUUUAUUAGACAAUAUUUACUAUUAUAUUAUUGAAAGAUAUAAUAAAUAUACACUCAAGUCAUGGUGGAUUCCUGUUGCAGCGAUUUAGACCGACAAAUAGAAAAGCUUCGAAAAUGUGAACUCAUCACUGAAAAUGAGGUGAAGCAAUUAUGUGGAAAAGCAAGGGAAAUUCUUGUGGAGGAAAGUAAUGUUCAGAGAGUAGACUCUCCAGUGACUGUUUGCGGUGACAUUCAUGGACAGUUUUAUGACCUGAAGGAACUGUUCAAGGUUGGAGGAGAUGUGCCUGAAACAAACUAUUUAUUCAUGGGAGAUUUUGUAGACCGAGGUUUCUACAGCGUUGAGACAUUUCUACUUCUUUUAGCACUGAAGGUGCGUUAUCCUGAUAGAAUUACUCUCAUUAGAGGAAAUCACGAAAGCAGACAAAUUACUCAGGUUUACGGCUUUUAUGAUGAGUGUUUGAAGAAAUAUGGUUCCGUUUCUGUCUGGAGAUAUUGCACAGAGAUAUUCGACUAUCUUAGUUUGUCUGCAAUUAUCGACAACAAAAUCUUUUGUGUUCACGGGGGCUUAUCACCUUCAAUAACAACACUAGAUCAGAUCCGUUCAAUUGAUCGCAAACAAGAAGUACCUCAUGAUGGUCCAAUGUGUGAUCUUUUGUGGUCAGAUCCUGAAGAUACCCAAGGCUGGGGGGUCAGUCCUCGAGGUGCUGGUUAUCUCUUUGGCAGUGACGUUGUAUCCCAGUUCAACUCAACGAAUAACAUUGACAUUAUUUGCCGGGCUCAUCAGCUGGUCAUGGAGGGUUAUAAAUGGCAUUUCAACGAAACUGUGCUCACGGUCUGGUCUGCGCCUAACUAUUGUUAUAGGUGUGGAAAUGUUGCUGCUAUUUUGCAACUGGAUGAAAACCUUCAACGUGAAUUCACGAUAUUUGAAGCGGCGCCUCAGGAUGUAAGAGGAAUUCCCACAAAGAGACCAGUUAUCGAUUACUUCCUGUGACCGCAGCGAUAUUGGUUUGUGGUGAACGGCAGUUGAAAACUUUGUGUGGUCAGUAGGAGCAUUGAAGAACUCGGGCGAAAAGCAUUCGCUUACAACCAAGACGUCUUUCCACACGAUUAUUUUUACCAAAACAAAUGUUUUUAAACAUAAAUAUGCCAAAAAGUAAAGGGCUUUGGCAUCAGGAUACAAGCAAAAACUGAAAUUCUUAAUAGUUAAAAGCUUUUACUAUAGCGCUGUUGUAAUUAUAUAUGAUAAAUAAACUUCAUUGGUAAUUGAA